UGACUGUUAGUUUUAUAUCAUAAUUAAACAUGUUAAUUUAUUUACAAAACUUUUUUUUUUUAAGAAAUCUUCAUUUAUAUGUGUAACAUGUUUUAAUCCCUGCAUAUCUUUCACUCUGCUGUGUAAUAAACCACAUUAUGAUUAUGUACUAAUGUGACUGUGUGUGAUUGAGUCCGUUGGUUCCCUCAGUUGUUGUAUCUCUGUAUCAGGAGAAUCUAGUAGCCCUGCCCAGUCACCCUGGUUUGUGUCAGAUAUCGCCGAGGCUUUUCCUCCUGAACACAAAGUUGAGGAGGGGAAGCAAACACUCGUGUCAGUAUCUUGAUGAACAGCGAAGCGUCCACAUGGCCGUCCAAGCCUUCAGGACUUUGUCUUUUCUGUUGGUCAUCUCACUCAGCACCAUGCUGGUCAUUUUAUCAUGGGGACAUUUGUUGGACAGCAUCAGCUGGGCUGCUUACCCAGGAAAACACAGGUUGUCUGACAGUUACUUGUUGGAUAAAAGAGGAGCCAUCGCUCUACCGCCGGCUUUGUUUAUUAACACAACACAAGGAAAAAGUGCUGGUGCGCUGACAAAGGUCCAAACUGGUCGGAGGAAAACCUCGGCACAGGGGGCCGAGGCUGAGACUCCCAUCCCUGUGCUCUCCAAAAAAUCCUUCACCAAACUUCCUCAGUGGGACUUUGAAGAUGUUUAUAACCAGGAUGCACCAGCCCGACACACGACCUGUGCCACGUCUUUGCGGAACUCUGAGGACGAGAGCUUCAAGAAGGCCUUCCUUCCCGACAUACGUCUGUUUGUGCACAAAGACAGCAUCAACAUGAGCGAGUGGAACAGACUCUCACAUUUCAACAAUCCCUUUGGUUUCAUGAAUUACACAUACGACGAUGUGAUGACCUCAAUGAAGUUGAUCCCGAAGCCUAAAGAGCCUCUGCUCCUUCCACUUCCAGACAGUGGCGGCUGUGUGCACUGUGCUGUGGUGGGAAACUCCGGGAUCCUCACUGACUCUAAAAUGGGGAAAGAGAUCGAUUCUCACGAUUAUGUUUUUCGGAUGAACGGCGCUGCCAUCAAGGGCUACGAGGAGGACGUAGGGAACAAAACGUCGGUGUACGUUCACACGAGCUAUUCAAUCAGUACAUCAGUGUAUCUCUUAAAGGAUUACGGAUACAAAUCUGUUCCUAAUGACAAGGGCAUAAAGUAUGUGCUGAUUCCUGAGGGGAUGAGGGAUUUCAUUUGGCUCCAAGCUCUUCUCAAAGAGGAGAGGAUCACUGCUCAGACAUUCCACGGCAUGCGACCGAGGACGUACUACGCCGGGCAGUUCAAUGACAGCCGCUUCUAUGUUCUACACCAGGACUUCCUGAGAUACGUGCGAAACAGGUUCCUAAAGUCUAGUAACCUGAACGGUUCGAGCUGGGCCAUUUACAGACCGAGCAAUGGGGCCUUCACGCUCUUCCUGGCUCUGCAGACCUGUGACACAGUCGACGCGUACGGAUUUAUAACUGAGGACCACGAGAAGUACCCGAACUACUACGUACACAGAGGAGUGAAAUCAAAAGUGGUUUUCUACAUAAAUCACGACUUCCUCCUGGAGAUGAAAACCUGGAAACGAUUGCACGACAGUAAAAUUAUAAAACUGUAUCAAAGAACGGACUCAGACGCCGGGACAGAGAAGCCAAACCCACACUGACACACUGAGGACGGAGAUAAAGUGAAUAAAACAACUUGUAGUUUUGAGUUUCCUAAAAGUUCAUAAAAGUCUCAUUUAUUAAAGUAAUGGAAAUGUCUUUACGUCACAAUCAAAUUAGUAGAAUUAUGGAACAAGGGCAGUGAAGAAAUGAAAACACGUGACACACUAAUAAUGAAUACUAUUCACACAAUAUGAUGAUCAUGUGUUUGAUAAGCGACUGAUGUGGUUUGUUCUUGGAUCGUCACAAAGUUUAUUGAAAGACACAAGAAAUGUUUUGUGUGUAUUUCUCCUUUUUGGAACAUUGGAUCUUCUUGUUGGUUUUAUUUCACUGGGAGUAAAUGUGACUUAUUUUGUU